AAAAGAUGUUAAUUUUUGUUUUGUUUUUAACAUCUUGGCAACACUGUGUAGAUAAACCUCAUCCCGGUUCACUUCAGCGUGUUCGUUUAAUAUUUUUAUAAGUUGAUUAUAUUUGUCGUUAAUUUGUCAACAUGGCUUUACACGUACCUAAAGCACCAGGAUUUUCGCAAAUGUUGAAGGAAGGGGCCAGACAUUUCUCUGGUUUGGAAGAAGCUGUAUUCAGAAACAUAGCAGCCUGUAAAGAAUUUGUAAAUACCAUAAAAACUGCAUAUGGGCCCUAUGGAAUGAAUAAAAUAAUUAUUAAUCAUAUCGAUAAGUUAUUUGUCACAAAUGAUGCUGCCACUAUUGUUAAGGAACUUGAAAUUGAACAUCCUGCCGCCAAAGUGUUAGUUCUUGCCUCCAAUAUGCAAGAAGAAGAAGUUGGAGAUGGUACUAAUUUUGUUCUUAUUCUGGCUGGCACAUUAUUGGAAGAAGCUUUACCUUUAUUAAAGAUGGGAAUGACUCCUGCUGAUAUUAUUGAAGGUUAUGAACUGGCUUUGAAAAAAGCAUUAGAAGUGUUAAAAACAUUAACUUGUGAAGAAAUCAAAGAUCCGAGAGAUGAAGCAGCCGUGCUGAAAGCAGUUCGUAGCUCAGUCAUGAGCAAGCAAUUUGGUUAUGAAGAUUUCCUGGGAAAUUUGAUAACUAAAGCUUGCAUUUCAAUCUUGCCUGAAGAGACUACCUUCAAUGUUGACAAUGUCAGGAUACAGAAGAUUAGUGGUUCGAGUAUUUUGAGCUCUGAAACUGUUCUCGGCAUGGUAUUUAAAAGAGGCGUUGAAGGAGAAAUCACAAAGAUGUCUGGAGCAAAAGUUGUUGUCUAUACAUGUCCAUUUGAUAUUGCAACAACAGAAACAAAGGGUACUGUCCUUAUAAAAACAGCUGCCGAAUUGCAUUCAUUUUCAAGUGGUGAAGAAUCACAAUUGGAAUCGCAGAUAACUGCUAUCAAAAAUGCAGGUGUCAACGUAGUUGUAGCUGGUGGUAAGAUUUCCGAUAUCGCCCUUCAUUUCCUGAACAAAGCUGGACUCAUGGCUGUUCGUCUGCAGUCUAAAUUUGACAUAAGAAGGCUAUGUAAAGUGACUGGUGCUGUUCCUCUCCCGAUUCUUACACCUCCUUCAAAAGAAGAACUUGGUUAUGCUGACAGUGUAUAUAUUGAUGAAAUUGGAGAUAAUUCAAUUGUUGUCUUCAAGCUGGAUGGGAAAGAAUCAAGGAUUUCCACUAUAAUCGUUCGAGGAGCAACAGAAAACUACAUGGAUGAUAUUGAGAGAGCUAUUGAUGAUGGUGUUAACACAUUUAAAUUAAUUACUAGGGAUGGUCAUAUGGUUCCCGGUGGAGGUGCUGUUGAAGCUGAGCUUGCUAAACAGGUUAGAGAUUAUUCAGAAACUAUACCUGGCUUAGAAAGGUAUGCUGCUGCGAAAUUCGCUCAUUCUCUCACAAUAUUCCCUAAAAUCCUUGCUGAGAGCUCUGGUCUCCAAGCUAGAACUGCUCUUCAACAACUCUAUGAAGGUCACAGAACACCUGAAGGAGUAAAUCUUGGAAUAAAUAUUCAGGGCGAAGAUGAUAAACUUAUUAUUGACUGUCACGAAGCAGGCAUCCUUGAUUGUUUGAGCUUAAAGGAGUGGGGACUCAAAUUUGCCACAAUGGCAGCUUGUACCGUCUUGAGGAUUGACCAAAUAAUAAUGGCAAAGAGGGCUGGGGGCCCUUCAGCAAAACCCCCUGCACAGCCGGACGAUGAUUAAAUUUAUAUUAUUUUCCUCCUCAUAUUUUAUAAUUCCUUUGAUAAAACUACUUCAGUUUUCACAUACCAUUAAUUCGCUUUACUAUUAUUAAUUUAACACCAAUAAUAACUGUAUUUUUUUUUUACUA